GAUGUGUUAAUUGGAAAUCACAAGAUCUGAAUCUUGAAUGUUUAAGCCUGCGCACGUUUAUAAAUGCUCAAAGUUUAUAACGACUUCGUUGAGAAUAUAUUGACAGCGCUUCAAUCACCAAAGAAAAUUUCUAAAUCGCGGACGAUGGACGCAAAGAUGUUUUUCCAGCCCAAUAAUGUUGAAAAUGGAAAACAAUCCAAGUUGUUCAAUCCAAAAAGAGAAAAGAUGCAAAACAGUGUUUCAUCGAGUGCAACAUCUUCUAUAUCACCAUCCAACGGGUCAUCUUCACCUGAACUGGAGGUCCAGUCAUCGGACACGGAAGUUUGCCAAAUGUAUGCGAACUUCAGCUCAAGUUCUUCGGGAUAUUCUGAAAUGCAGUGGUCUUCGGAUUUCCCUGACGAUGAGACCAAAUGCAUUCCGCAGAUAAAUGGGUCUAUUACCUUAUCACUGAUGGAAGCAAAACUUUGGUACAAGUUUUUGGAAGUGGGGACGGAAAUGAUCAUUAACAGAACAGGAAGGAGAAUGUUUCCAUAUGUUGAGUUUACCCUCCGCGGAGUGGAUCCCGUUGGAUUAUAUGACGUCAUCUUUGACAUCAUACCCGCUAGCAGCAAAAGCUUUAAGUUUAUGAACAACAAAUGGAUUCCAAUCGGAAGGAAAGAAGAAGAAUUCAAGAAUUACCCAUUCAAACACCCGGACUCUCCGAGAAUAGGAUCUGACUGGAUGACUCGAAAAAUUUCUUUUGAAAAAGUGAAAUUGUCAAACAAACCUGGCACGCAAGCUGGCAUUUUUACUUUGCACACCCUUCAGAAAUACUUGGUGCGGAUUUCGAUUGUCAAGCACGAACAGGAUGAUGAAAUUUCUGUAGUGGAAUUUCCAAUUCGUGCCACGACCUUCAUAGCAGUCACAGCUUACAACAACCGAGAAGUGACCAAACUCAAAAUUUACAGCAACCCAUACUCCAAAGGGUUCCGAUUCCCGAUGAAAAGAAUAAAACAUCAGACCUUCCAGAAGAUUGAACACAAAGAGCAACGACUAAUGUCAAUGAAAGAUUCUGUCAAACAUUCAGUGUUCUAUCAUCUCAAAGGGGAUGUUCAAGCAAUCCCACAAUGCCCCUUAGAUUUAUCAACACACAAAGAAAACACACAAACAAAUGAUUACAAGGGUGCCCCUGACUCGAAUCCCGACUUUGACAAAGCUACACAAACCGAUAUUACAAUGGCGGACAUGAGAACUUGGUAUCGGUUUCUUCAGCAUCCAGUCACAAAACAGCCGACGGAGGCACAGGUCUCAUACUUCAUCCCACUACCGCUUAUUCCAGCACAUGCAUGGAAACUAGACGCAGGACCAGGCGAUCCUUAUACAAGACAGUGUCCUGAGACUUCAUCACGAACAAGGGAUUCAUCUUCAUUGAUGUCAGAUGAAAAGAAAACUCGGGCAAGAAGUCGGAAAUCUGAGAAGAAAGAGGAACAACUCCUGCAGUACAAUGCCAGGAUGAAUAUGUGGAAACGAGACAGAGAAGAGACUCUAAACGACAUCACUAAUGAGUGAGGAAAUCCAAAAGGAAAAUCCAAAAGCCUUUCUUAAAAGGAUUUGAAGAGAAUUCAAAAAUUUGUUUAUUUUUUAUCUUUACUUUGGUCUUAUACUUUGAAAAAGCAAUAAAAUUGAUGGGUCGAUAUUUACAGUACAAGGACCAAGUUACAGCCUGUGGAAAAAAACAUACUUCAGUAAAUGAUUAUAUAUAAUAAAUUAAUAAUGUUUAAUAAGAAUCAUGAUUAUGUCAUUUUGGUGUGUUAUAUGCUAUCGUUUCUGUACUGUGUGGUCUGUUUAUAGAAAACUUUUAUGAAAUCUGAAAAUUCGUGUUGAAAUUUUGUUAGACGUUUGCAAAUUAGAUAUAUUUUAAUUAAUUUUGAUAUUGUUUAUGAGUAGCUUUUCAACAAGUUUAAAGAUAUAAUAUUUUGUUAUCAUUUGCGUAAAGCAAUUUUAUUUACUGGAUCCUAUGGCUAAAUAAAUUGGGCUUUUUUAUUUUUUUUGUCCUAAGAAAUUUUUCACAUUAACAAUAUGUAUUUGAAAGUGUAGAUCAAAAAUUAUUCUAUGACGAUAUGUCAUUCCAUGCUUGUAAAUUUGUUGUCUAUGGAAUUCCUACAUUUUGUAAAUAAUCUCCAGGUAAUGUAUUUGCUUGUUAUCAUUAUUAAAUUCUUAUAUUAUUAUAUAUUAAUCUUUAAGAUGACUGGUUUUUUUUUUGUUUUUAGUCUGUGAUUGUUUUUUGGUUCAGAUUGCUUUUUACCACAAUCUUGCUGUGGAAUAUCAUAGGAUAUUCGGGACGGAUUCAGGGAUAUUUUUUUAAUAUACUUAUUCUUUCUGCAUUUUUAAAGCUUUUUGUCGAUUUUCAAAGUGUCCUAUUUACACAGUUUUAAUUUACUAGUUAAAAAAAAUGUUCCAGUAAAAUUAAAACAUCCUACAUCAGACGUAAAACAUGAAAUCAAAGUGGAUGUUAUGUCUACUUUGUGUUACGUAUGGUCACGCUCAAUUUCUGCAGAUCAACAUUCCUUUUACAUGGGUAACAUAUCAUCUUGUAAUAGCUUGAUCUUAACUUAUUUUGCUUGAACACGAGGUUAGGGAAUAUUGACAACAGCUAGCCUAACUUGUUGAAGUGCACUGCCUUGUUUAUAAAGUUGAAAGAGAUGUAAUAUUUAACUGUUAAACUAGGUCUUUUAUUUGACUAUAUUGGCAUCUUAUAGGAAACAAAAGCGAUUUACCUAAUGUUCUUUAGAAAAACUUUGAAAAGACAUUAUUUUAUUCAUUAUCCCGUAGAAAGAAGGCACGUUUAUAGUUAACGCACCCCUUUAAACAUGUAAUAUCUACAUAUAAUUUUUAAAAACUCUAAACUUUACAUUAUUAGUUAAACAAUGUUGUAUUAAUUUUUGAGACACCAAACAACCAUUACCGUGGUCCUCCCCUUUUUUUUAACAUAAUUGGAUAUAUAAACUUAUUCCUAAGGUGAUAAUUCAACUUACUAAAUCAAUAAAUAAGGUGACUUUUUAAUCUUUCACGAACUAUUAAUAAGUUUAAAAUUACUACUUAUCAUGUUAAUUUUUUAAAGUAAAUGCUAUCAAUUUUAUUAUUACAAAAUUGAAAGCUUUAUAUACAUGUACAUAUACAUCUAUAGUUUUGGAAGUUGCGUAAAAUGUGUUAUGGUAUUACGUUUACGGGUUGCCAUGUUAUGAGAUUUUGUUUGGUACCUGGUGGGGGUUUUUUCUAUUGAAUUUUUAUACCAAUCUAUUCAUUGGUGAACGUUUUUAUCAUUCAUGAGUUUAUCACAAAAAAUUAAGCCAUUCCCCAAAUCAUUAUCAGAAUUCUCAAAAACGGUUUGAAUGUCUCGGUUUAAAGAUACGAAAUUAGUGCUUUAUUUCGUCAUGCAUUUAAUGAUGUGAUGUGAUAUAGUUCAUAAAAUACAACGUACCUUAAAUAAGUUGAGCACAUCGUAAAUUCUCGAUGAAAUAUAAAUGUAUAUAAUACAUGCUAUAAUUUCGCUGAUUUUAUCUGUUUACCAUACUGAGUUACUGUGGAGUUUUUGGUAAGCGUUGUUUUUAUUUUGAUUUCUUGGAGGUGUUUUAAUUAAGGAUUUGUCUUUUUAAGGUGGCCGACCAUGUUUUCAUUGCGCAUGUUUUUUUUCCAAUCUAGUAAAACACAGUGUAUUUGUAGCUUUUAAGAUUUAAACAAAAAAAAAACAUUUGUGAAAUUGAACGCUAUGAACAAAAUACAGAUAAAAUAUUUAUAUCUAUAAGGAAUAUUUUUAAAACGAUUUUUCCAUUGCUAUGUAGGUGAGCAAUGUCAGUGUGCUUUUAUAACGUUAUAAUAAAAUAAAGCUUUUCAAAAGAACCUUUCAAGAAAUAACAUUACGGAAAAAGUUUAUAAAUGUACACACAUUGGAAUAAUGCUAUCCUUUGGGUCAUUUUUUGAAUAUGAAUCCAUUGUACUAUGUAUAUUGUAAUAUAUAGCAAAAUUUGGUGCAUUUUACUAUUUUGAGAUGACCUCCAAAAAAACGUGAUCAUAGAAUUUAGUAUUUUUUACAUAUAAGAAAGAAAAUAAUUAUUCUAAUCACAUAUUACAAUAUCAAAAUCUGCCUCGAAGCGCGGCAAAAUGAUUAAUUCCUUUAUAUAUUCCUAUAGCAAAUGUACCUUUAUUUUAAGAUGACACCUACAAAGAACCAAAUUUUAGAUUUUCUUGAAACUAGAGUUGUAUAUUGCAUAUGGUUAAAAAAUUAGGAGUUUUGCUCUUGUUGUUAUUACGACGAAAAAAUCGGCCACCUAUAAAAAAAAAGAAUUAAUGAGUCGUGUAUUUAUUUUAUUUGAGAAUUGUGUCCGUGUUUUUAUUAAUUGUUGUCAAUGUUAUAGAAAUAAACGUUUAUGAU